AUGGCGCCCAUGCUUUUGCUGUUUUUCCUCUGCGCAUUAGUUCAUUGCCUCCGGGCUGUAACAGAGGUUGAAGUUCUUCUCGAUUUCAAGAAGAACAUCAUCAAUGGAGCAUCCCUUUUGCCCGAUUGGAAUGCCGAGAAUUCGACCCUGUUCUGCAGCUGGAGAGGCGUAUUAUGUGACGAAUCCGGUGCCUAUGUCACGGCUCUAGAACUUCCUGGCAUGAACUUGACGGGCAGGAUCACCAAUCAGAUCGGCCAUCUUUCGUCCCUAAAAGGCCUAGAUCUCCAUGAGAACAACUUCUUUGGUGAAAUUCCUUCGAGCCUUGGGAACUGCUCGAAGCUCUUCUAUGUGUAUCUUUAUGCGAACCAUCUGUCGGGUGCAAUCCCCGCAAGCCUGGCGUUUUGCGACUCUGGCCCAAUCCGGCACCUGCUGCUGAGCGACAAUUCUCUCGAGGGAAGUAUUCCAAGUUCCUUCUGCAACACGUCUAGUAUGGUCAUCAGAUUGAGCCUUCGCUCCAACAAGAUGAAUGGCAACUUGUCAUGCAAGCCACAAAUUAUUCGUCACCUUGAUCUUUCCCACAACAGAUUCACUGGAUCUAUACCUGAUAACUGGACCGUCAACUAUCUAGAUCUAUCAUACAACUCUCUCUCAGGGACAAUCCCGGCAAGAUACUCUGAUGCAGUGAUUCUCGACCUCUCCAACAACAUGCUCUCGGGAGAGAUUCCAGCUCCAAACAACAACUGCUUCUGGCUGCAGAUAUUGGAUCUCUCUUACAAUCGUCUAACCGGUACGUUCCCAGAAUCUCUUGGGACUUGUAUGCACCUUCAUAUUCUCAAUGUUGAGCGAAACCUCAUGGCUGGAGAGAUAUCCUUGAACUUCAGCGGGCUCGGAAAUCUUAACUCCCUUCAACUCUCUGGAAACCAAUUCAGCGGUCUUAUCCCGAGAAGUUUCUAUUCUUUCCCGGGCAGGCUCGACUCAAUGGAAAGGUCACCUAUUGACACAAAGUAUGUCUACUGCAACUCUGGUCUCUUGCUCCUGGAUCUGAGUUAUAAUAACUUCUCUGGCACAUUUCCAGAGAUAUUUUGCACCUGGCACUGCUUGAAAGUUCUCCUCCUCUCUUCCAACCAGCUGUCCGGAACGAUACCAAAGUGUAUAGGCAACAUCAGCAAUGCCAGGGUGAUCGAUCUGUCCAGCAACAAGUUCUCAGGGGAGCUCUCCACCACAUCGUUGAUCAACCUGACGGCGUUCAGGUCAGUGUCGAAUUGGAGCAUUGGAUGGUACAGCUUUCUCAACCUUGGGGACAACUCUGGCACUGAAGCGGACGACUUCACCGCAUAUGAUAAGCCUUUCGACUUCAACGUGAAUGUCAAGGGGCGUCGAUCCACGUACCAGAAGCUGAGCGAUUCUUUCACCAUGUUUGACGUCUCCAGCAACUUGCUUCGAGGGCACAUCCCACCAUUCGACCACCUCCAAGGUCUCAUGCACUUGAAUCUCUCCUUCAACAAGUUCGAUGGGCAGAUCCCUCGGGAGCUAUCCGGUCUCAAAUCCCUCGAAUCACUCGACUUGUCCAGCAAUGCCUUGUCUGGAAGUAUACCUCCAGCCCUCGGCGAGAUCUCAUCGUUGUCAAGCUUCAAUAUUUCCCACAACAACUUGAGUGGUCGAAUUCCAAGUUCCGGAAACCUCAACACUCGGUUUGUGGAGGCGGCAUUUGAUGGUAACCCUCUACUGUGCGGAGCACCACUGCCACCUUGUCACGUCCCAAGCUCAAGUCUAUCGCCCAGGAGCCCGGUUAUCAAUGUAAGUUCUUCAUGGGACCAAAUCAUCGCAGAGAAUAUUGCUUUCUAUGCGGCAGUGGCCACUGGUUUUUCUAUUUCACUGAGUUGUGUGCUCUUCACAAGGAUUGGGGUGCUCCUGGAAAACUUCAUAAGGUCAGUUCUGUACAAAUCUCUUUCGAUUCAUCUUAGAAGAUCGAGAGUGGUAUGA